CUUAAUUGGGUUUGUUUGUUUGUUCUAGAAAUUUUUAAAUGAGGGAAAAAAUUAAAAAAAGCUUUCGUUUUCCUUUUUAUGGAUGGAAGGAAAGCGAGCUUUGCAGAGACCGGUGGGUGGGAUUUGGCAGAGUGAGAGCUGCAGAAAAUAGUGUCUUGUUUCCCGGGCCAGGCCGCGCCGCUCGUGUUUGUCGCUCGUGCGCUACAAUCUUCGUAACCAGAUCUCGAGGUCUGCGUUAAUGAUUCUAUUUAUAAGUUUAAUUUGGUGGACACGAUUGGGCGGCGUCAUCAAGCGGGAGACUCGCUCCGUCAAUUAGGGUUCUGUAACGUUUGGGGGUAUUUAAAAGGUUGUUGCUUUUUAUGCCGAUAGAAGCUGGUGGUGCAAGGAGUAGCGGUUUUUGAUGUGGAAUUUCGGUCUUACUUUCAGUAGAAGAAGACAUGCCGAGUUGUGAUAAGGAGACGGAAGACGUAUUCUUUGAUUCGGUUGAUUGUAUUCGAACUUGUGAUUCUGUAUCUUCUGACGAUUCUGUGAGUGUGUGUUCGGAGUUGGCUUUUGGCCAAUCGGAGUACGAAAUUUGGAAGAACCAGCCAGGUAGUGUUCGUGAACGCCGGGAAAGAUUUCUUGACAGCAUGGGUUUCAAUCAAUUCGCUCCUUCUAUAAGGUGUUGCUCUCAGGAGAUUACUGAGGGUGCUUCUUGUAGUAGUUCCCCAGAGACUGCAGGGAUGGAAAGGAUCACAGAAUACAGUGGGGCUGUCUCAAGGUUGUGGGCUUCAUGCGAUGAUGGUAGGCCGGAAGAUUUGGUUUGUGAUGGAAGGGAGACAGAUGCUGGAACAGAGCCUGUGGAUCGUGAAAUGGAGCAAGGGAGAGCGCUUGUUCCGACCUCUGCUCAUGAGUUGGAUCCCUCAUUGCCAAAAGAAGUUGCAUCUCCAAUAGAUGAAAAUGGUCGCCAGCAGGAUACAAGCAAGAACAAAAUUAGGAGCUUGUGGAAAAGCCUCACAAUGAAGAAAAAAGGAGAGGCGAUGGGAAAAUCUGAUAAUUCUGGAUCAAGCCUGGGAACCUCAAAGACAAAUAGACUGCAUGUGAAAAGUAACAGGAAGAGGUUCAUGGAGUUCACUGGGCUCUAUAUGGGACAAGAAAUUCAAGCUCACAGGGGCUUCAUGUGGACGAUGAAAUUCAGUCCGGAUGGCCGCUACUUGGCAAGUGGUGGCGAAGACGGGGUUGUUCGCAUUUGGCGUGUCACAUCAGCAGAUGCUUCUUGCAAAUAUGUAGCUGCUGAAGAAGGGUCCUCCAAAUUUCUUAAUAUAGUGAAAGGUGGAAAGCUCAUCAUGGGGAAAAAAAAUUCGAGUCCUGCUUCUGUUGUCAUUCCCAAGAAGGUCUUCAAGAUUGAAGAGUCACCAGUUCAAGAGUUUCAUGGCCAUGUCAGUGAUGUCCUGGAUCUUUCUUGGUCCAAAUCUAAUUUUUUAUUGUCAUCAUCCAAAGACAAAACUGUUCGUCUAUGGAAAGUUGGUUCGGAUGAAUGUCUCAAUGUUUUCCACCAUAAAAAUUAUGUGACCUGCAUUCAAUUCAAUCCUGUCGAUGAUGGAUACUUUAUUAGUGGAUCCAUAGAUGGGAAAGUUCGACUUUGGGGUGUUUCAGAAGGACGAGUGGUUGAUUGGGCUGAUGCUCGGGAUAUUAUAACUGCCAUAUGUUAUCAACCUGACGGACAGGGAUGUAUUGUUGGUUCCAUCACAGGCAGUUGCCGCUUCUAUAAUGCAUCAGACAAUCAUCUCCAGCUGGAUGCACAAAUUUGUAUUCAGGGAAGAAAAAAAUGCUCUGGUAACAGUGGGAACAGCAGGAUUACUGGCAUUCAGUUUUCUAGGGAGGAUUUCCAAAGGGUUAUGAUAACAUCAGCAGACUCAAAAGUUCGCAUUUUAUAUGGAGUUGAAGUCAUUCAUAAAUACAGAGGACUCCGUAAGUCUGGGAGCCAGAUGUCCGCCUCGUUCACUUCAAAUGGCAGACAUAUCAUCUCAGUAGGGGAGGACUCUCGUGUUUAUGUCUGGAACUAUGAUAUCCCUUCUGUUCCAUCAUCCAGGCAGCCAAAAUCUGUUCGUUCCUGCGAGCAUUUCUUUGCGCAUGGAGUAUCUGUAGCAAUACCAUGGUCUAGUAGGGAAAUGGAGCAUGUGGAGUUAGCUUGCUGCAGUCCGCAUUGCUCCUUGCAAACACAAGAACACUCAGAGUCUACCUCACGGGUCAGAGAUUCUGAUCGUUUUUCUCUUGGCAGUUGGUUCUCCAUGGAUGGUUUAUCAAGGGGCUCAGCAACAUGGCCUGAGGAGAAACUUCCCUCGUGGGAUAUACCUGUUGUAGACCAUGACCACCACCAUCAACAGCAACAGCACCAACAUCAUAAUGUCAGUAAUUAUUCAGCUCUCUCAGCCACAUGGGGUCAAGUGAUUGUGACGGCAGGUUGGGAUGGAGUUAUAAGCACUUUCCAUAACUACGGAUUGCCAGUCAGGCGAUGAGCAAACAUUUAUCAGCAAAACCAUUGUAGAAUCAUGUAGUAGGCUUUAUUGCUUGGCUGUUUUAUUCACGUUACCAAGCUUACAGGUUCCAGCUUUCAGAAGUUGGUUCUGCAAAAUUUUCCCUCUUUUGCAAAUAUUUGUGAGUAAAAACUUGAGAUAAUUUAUUUGAUACAUGAAAAGAAUACAAAAAUUACAGUUAUCCUUGUGC